AUGGACGCGGAGGGGCCGGCAGAGAGCCAGCAACACCUGGGCGACGAUUUGGGGGUCAAGAAACAAGGCGCAGCGUCGAGCUCCAACGCCUGCGCCUCUACGGAUGCCGUUGAGGACCCCCCAUCGAGCCCUCGGGGGGAGAACCCCCCUUGGACAAGCACCCUCACCUUCUGGGACCGCUCCCUGGAGCCCGGCUACCACGCCAGCCGCCUGGACGCCCUCCUGCGCCCCUUUGACCGCUGCACUGCCUGCAUCGUCCUGGCCGCAUCCUUCGCGAUCUUCUCCCGCCGGACCGUUUGCGACCUCCCCCACGGCCUCGAAUUCGCCCUUUUCGCCAUCCCGCCUGCGUGCGCGAUCAGCCUGCUGGCUUGGAUCGAGGCGAGCGGCCGGGAUUACGGCCGGACCAGGACGGCUGCGGUUUCGAUCUUCAGGGUGGGGGUGGCGACGGCGAUGAGCGCCUGCAAGUGGUGCAUGACGCCGCCGGACGCGUCGUCCACGGGCGCGCUGGUGCGGCUGCUGGUACACUCUGGGGCGCUGCCGCUGCUCGUGAUACAGAUGGGCUCCCAGGUGGACUUUCGCACCCACAUCUGGCUCUCCUUCACCGCCGCUGCCGCCGUCAGCCUCUUCGCCCCGUCCUACUGCCACCUGUGGUUCGAGCAAGACGACCAGAGGGCCACCAUGCUCUCCCUGGCCUCCAGCAUCGACAAAGUCAUGCAUGCCACCAUGACGCUGUUCCCGGAAGCUUCUCCACCGGCCGACGCCCUGGAUUGGGCCUCCAGCUGCUGGCUGGUCAUGUGCUCCCUGAUCUGGGGCGCCACGCUGCUGUCAUGCGCGCUGAUCUAUUUCCUUGAGGCGCGGGCUAGGUCGAUGUACCUGCUGGGGCGGUGCGCCGGUUGGGACAGGCGCCUGUUGGCAAGGGCGAUGCGGGAGGCGGUCGUUGUCGCCGUUUGGGGCUUCUCGGUGAUGUCUGCGGUGGGAUACGCGACGCUGAGGAUGGUGGCGGAGGGGCGGGCUGCGGGCUGA